AUGGAUCACACAGUUCUUUUUAUUGUUGGCCUGAAGCUUUGUGGAACUUAUGUGGAAGCAUAGUUUGUGGAUUUACCUGUAAAGCUUACUGAGAAGGUGAAACUGCAGUGUAUAUACCCUAAAAAAGGUGUGAUAAUCCAGACAUCCUGGAUGAAAAUUAAUGUAACUCAUAAAGAAAAUGCAGCUGUCUUACAUCCAACCUAUGGCAUUCAUAGAAAAGACAAAUACAAUGGGAGACUUUAUUUUGAAAAUGCUUCCAGUGACAAGUCCUCAUCCUUCAUCAAGAGCACUUUGAAGAUGAUGAUCUCUAAAUUUGCUUCAUUGAAGCAGGAUGAUGUGACCAUGGGCAGCAGUGGCAGCGUCUGGAGUGAGCAGCAGGCAGGCGAAGCCUACUUUCAUCAGAUAAAUGCUUCUCGGAGCGGGAGGUUUUCAUCCCACACACACACAGCUGAAAGCAAAGAAACCGUGUUUAGAAAGGUGCUAAAUAAAAGUUCAGGGUGGCAUUGUAUGAAACAAAUAGGACCAGAAGGACGGACCCAGGAGAAGACGGAGAAACUUCAAGGCUUCUCAGGAGAAUAUGCUUUUGAAGUGUCUGAGAAACAAAAUAAUACCAUGUUUACCAAAGCAGGAGAAAAUGUUACUUUUACUUGCCUUUAUAAAAUUGGAGAUUCAAUGCAGCAAGCAAUGUGGGAAAGGGUUAAAGCAGAUUGGGUAGAUAUCAUAAUUCUGUGCAACUCUUCAGGAAAGCAAAGCUGUUCAGAUUUCAAAGAGCAUACACUGGUGGAUUGUUCUCACCAGGAAAACUCCAGGAUUGUCUUUCAAAACGUUACAGCCUCUGACUUUGCACUGUACUGCUGUGUAGCUGCUGGAAGAAACAAAACCUAUGUGAUGAGUUCUACUGUGGCUGAAAGUGGGAUAGAUCACAAAUGGUUUAUUACCUACAUAGCUGGAGGGAUUUUUCCUGCUGUUUUGCUGUUAUUUUUCCUAUUGAUCUUCUGCAUCAUCAGUGCUUUUUGCAAAAAAAAGAAGAGUAAGAGGAUCACAGAGGCCUUAUCAAAAAUUUUGUACUCUAUUCAAACCUGGGGUGAUAAAGAAAAUGGGCUCGAUGUUGUCCAUGUCCAUGAUUUUUGCAACUCAAAUUGA